AUGGAUCACACUCGCGACCCUUGCCCGUGGGUUAUCCUCAACGAUUUCGGUGGUGCCUUCGCCAUGGGUGCUAUCGGUGGUACGAUCUGGCACGGUAUCAAGGGCUUCCGUAACAGCCCUUACGGCGAGAGGAGAAUCGGCGCCAUCACUGCCAUCAAGAUGCGCGCCCCUGCGCUCGGCGGUAACUUCGGUGUCUGGGGUGGUCUUUUCAGCACAUUCGACUGCGGUAUCAAGGGGCUAAGGAACCACAAGGAGGACCCGUGGAACUCCAUCAUCGCCGGUUUCUUCACUGGUGGCGCGUUGGCGAUUCGUGGUGGUUACAAGGCGGCCCGUAACGGUGCUAUCGGCUGCGCUGUUCUCCUGGCUGUUAUUGAGGGUGUCGGUAUUGGUUUCCAGAAGAUGCUUGCGGGCGCCACGAAGCUAGAGGCUCCUGCGCCACCCCCGUCCAACGAAAAAGUCCUUGCUUAA